AAACUGGACACAUUAUUGUAUCUUUCUCACUCUCAAAAGUAUCAAAUACGUGAGAGCAAAAGAGAAAGCUGCCACCUUGCCAUUCUAACUAUAAUAUUAUUGUUACAAGAAACGUAAAGUUCAUCUCUCAUUUAUAUAAAAGUUGUGAGAAUAUCAAGAUGGUAUCACUAAAAAAUGUUUGUGCAGUUUUUGGGAUUUUCGUAGUAGCUUUUAUGGAUGGAAUUAGCGCCCUUACUGGUCCGAGCCAUGGGAAAGUCGUCGUUUGUUAUUUAGGGACAUGGUCGGUUUAUAGACUAGGAAGAGGUUCUUUCACUAUUGAGCACCUAGACCCUACAUUGUGCACCCACAUUGUCUACUCCUUCGCCGGCUUGGACGAAAAAACCGACAGUAUUAAAUCACUAGACCCCUUCCAGGAUUUAGCCGAGGAUUACGGCAAAGACGGGUACCAAAAACUGACAAGACUUAAGCACAGGUACCCCCACUUGAAGGUCACUCUAGCCAUCGGGGGCUGGAAUGAGGGCUCCUUGAAAUAUUCAAGUUUUGCAAAAGACCCCACCAGAAGAAGCAGAUUUGUUUCAAGCGCCAUCGAUUUCCUCAGGAAAUACAAUUUUGAUGGCCUUGACUUAGACUGGGAGUUUCCUGGAAAACGCGGCGGUGCCCCUGAAGACAAACUCAACUUCCUCUUGUUAGUCAAAGAACUCAGAGCAGCCUUUGACAAAUACAAUCUUCUCUUAACUGCAGCUUUCGGGGCCGGAAAAGACACCAUAGACGUAGCGUACGAUGUCAAAGGUCUUUCCGUUUACUUAGACUUCAUCCAUAUGAUGUGCUACGACUACCACGGGGCUUGGGACCAAAAAACCGGGGCAAAUGCGCCCCUCCAAAGCUCCGAUGUACUAAACGUCGAAUUCUCGAUAAACUACAUGCUGAAACUCGGUGCUCCCCCCAAAAAACUAGUAAUGGGAGUGCCACUCUACGGCCGUACUUUCCUCCUGCCGGAGCCCUACGACCCGGAGUCGGAGCGCAAACCCAAACUGGGGGCCGUCGCUCGCAACAUAGGGUUCCAAGGGCCGUUCACUCGAGAGAACGGGUUUAUGGGUUACAACGAAAUUUGUUUGGAAGUGAAAAACAAGUCCCAAAACUGGGCCACUUUCUGGGAUAGUGAAUCAAAAACGCCUUUUGCUGUGUCGGGUAAUAAAGUAUUGACGUAUGAUGACGCGAGAUCGAUAGGGGAGAAAGUUAAAUUUGCGAUGGAAAAAGAUUUGGGUGGGAUUAUGGUUUGGUCGAUUGACACCGAUGAUUUUCAUGGGGAUUGUGCCGAUGUUGGGGACGAUGGACAUUUCGAGAAUUUCCCCUUAAUGAGGGCUAUUAACAAAGCUAUAGCUACGACGAUUGAGGAGAGGGAGAAUUCCAUCAUUCAUGGAAGUGAUGAAAGAACCAGCGGGGCUGGAAGCAGCGCGAGUUUUUUGUUUUUGGUCUUUAUGGCCAUUGCGUUAUUUAUAAGAUUCUAAAUUUGUGAUUUCUUAGUUUUAUGCAAAUGUACAACUUUCGGCGACAAAUAAAGACAGAAAUAUGCCACCUUGUUAACA